AUGAACAAAAGAGUUUUGAAGUCUGUUCUUGCUGAGGAGAUGGGAAAACGUCUGUGGGUGCUGACCCUCCCAGCCAAUGUCAUGACCAUGGAGCUGAUGGACUACAAGACACGGGGCUUCAAGGCCAUCAUGGUCGCUCUGGACAACUGUGAAGUUCAUGUGUACAACGAGAAGUACCUCGUCAACACCAUCAAAACAGAGGAUAUUGUGACAGGAAUGAAGUUCGGUCGGUUUGGCAGGGAAGAUGGAGCACUGGUGAUGACCACUAAAGGUGGAGGCUUGAUUGUAAAAAUCUUGAAGCGGAAUUCUGUGUUUGAGGAGAAAGAUUCCCGACCAGGCCCUCCUGCUGCUCAGAACCAGAAACUGAACAUUCCGAAGAAGACCAAGUUGUUUGUGGACCAGACUAUGAGAGAGAGGGAAAAUGCUGUCACCAUGCACCGUAUGUUCCAGCGUGACUUGUACCGGUUGAGACUGGACGCUGCCCGUUCCUAUGUGAAGGCACUGGAGACCAGUAUGACUCCCAUGUCAGCUGAUCCCCUCGAGCCGCUCAAGCUGUCAGCUACUGUGAAUGGGAUAGGUCCGUCCUUUCAGCUGACCGUCAAUCUACAGAACACGUCGUCUGCCACGCCCUCCAUCAACCUUCUCAUCACAUUCCAGUAUGACGAGAAGUUAUACCAGCUGCAGAGGUCAUCCAUCAAGGUUCCACUGCUGGUCCCUGGCCUGAACUAUGCCUUUCAGACCCUGGUGGAAUGCAUAAGUGACAAGGCCAUCGCUGACACUAUUAAGGUGUUUGUGCUGAGGAAAGGGAAGAGUAUGCCGAUCAUCACAGGGAACAUCAACAUGCCGGUCAGCGAGGCUCAGGUGGUCGUCUAACCCUGACAACAAGGAGAUACACCACCAGGGAACAGCUGCUUUUUCAGUUCAAUCCUUUAGCAACAUUGCCGACACAAAGCACAAGUGUAGCUUGAAUGGCAUUGAUAUUUACAAAUUAUAAUCAUUAUGACAGCAAUUUAAACAUGUACAUAUGUAUACAAAAAUUAUGGGUUCUACUGUCAGAUUGUACACUUAUUGGAUUGAUGAACAAAAGAGUUUUGAAGUCUGUUCUUGCUGAGGGGAUGGUGUGUUUUUCUCAGUGAUCCCAUGUAGCUGCAAAUCUGGAUGGGGAACAAGCCCAGAAAUAUUCAACAUUUUUUGUGAGACAAUGCUAAUUCAGUGACUUGGUUCACAGAUUUUUAUGGCUUACAUUUGAAUGUAGAUGAAAAUUCAUAUCUGAAGAAAUGGACCAAUCAAGUCUGAAGAGUUCUUUAGCAGAAGACUGAAGUAAUUACUUUGUAUUUAAGGAUACUCUUCUGUUUGUAAGUGUUGUAGACAAUACUUAGAAGGUGUACAUUUGCACAAGAGUUUGUGUUUCUAAAGUUGUCUGUAUAGAGAGAUAAGAGAUGUUUUUGAACUAAUGUGUAUGUGAAGAUACAUGAAACUUUCUGUUUGACGUAUUUUGUGUAGUGUACUGUGUGCAGAUUGGUAACAGCUGAUACAUAUGUAUGUAUGUGUUUGUUGUAAAUACAUGUACAUGUGUACAUGUUAUAAGACUUAGUGUGCCACACAACUCCUGUAGACUGAUGUAUGAUUUAACAAGAUGUACAAUAUGACUUGCAGAUUUCAUGGAGGGUGGUUCGCAGUCACUGUGUGUGGUUUACAGUCUGAACUUCAUUUUUGUUAAAUUUCCCAUGAAAGAACUAAAGAUGACAAUACUAAAAUGUACCAAAUACUGUGAAAAGUGGAAGCCAUACCUUUGUAGCAAAGAGGACUUUUGUCACUCGUCUUGUAUAAGGCCACACCGCCUUAAUUUUAUGGAUGACAUCCUCUGAAGACCCCCAAACAGAAGAACAGGCAAAAAUCAAUGAGCGCGCGGAUGUCAUCCAUAAAAUAAAGUCAGUGUGGCCUAACCGAAGGGUAUGAUGACUAUGGCAGCAGGGCAGAAGGACUGAGAAUGGAAUAAUCAUACAGAUGGAUGCCACUUCUGGAUU